GACAGUUCCCGGUUGGACGCUGCAUAAAUCAGUCCCCCUCCACUCGAGUGUCAGUCUUCAUGUUGUUUCAUGACAAACAAGAAGGGCUCUGCUGCGUAGCUGAGCUGACUGCAGAGUAUUUUCCGCACGUCUUCCUGGUUGCAAUGCUUCCCACCCUCUUAAGGUGUUGGCUUGGCACGUGAUGUGUUCCCUGCGCUGGCGAACCAUUAAGAUUGAGUUGCAGCGCUAAAUCAAAGGUGUUGGAGGUCACUGUCCCUGAAGAACAAGCCGCAGCAGGCAGCUGCUGGGGCGUGUGGGGAAGCUCUGGGACCUCGCGGAGCACCGGGAUUUUUUACUUUCGGCUUUUCCCUGAUAAAAUAAUGAAGAGCUGAGAAAAAUGUAGAUCUGUGGGACUGAACCUACCUGAGACACAUGCCAAGAAUACUCUUCAUCGCAGGUGCGAUGACCCCGUGGGACCUCCAGUGUCUGUGAAGGAGACAACUGCAGCAAAAAUAUACAAUUCACCGGUUGGGAAUCAGCCAGUUGCCAGUGUGUUUGUCCCUAAGCCAGCCACCAUGCGGGAGGAGAGUGGCAUGCCUCCGCCCUGGGAUUCUUCUCUGCUGGAGAGUGAGUUUUUCCAAGUUUUAGAUGAUUUGGAUAGCAAGCUGGCUCAGGAACAAUCUGCAGGCUCAGUGAAUACCAGAGUGCCAUUCAACUACGGGUCAAGAACACAGUUCAAACAUUCUCCCUCAAGUAGGAACGAGCAUGGCCACACCACAGGAAGGCACCAGAACUAUCACAGUGAAACUUCCAACAUGUCCAUCUAUGACAUCCUGAGACCAGGAACUCCUAGAGAAGGUUUCAAAACCUUUUCUCCUAGGACAAAGACAAUUUAUGAUAUGUAUAGGACCAAGGCGCCCAGAGUCUUAAAAGAGGACUUUAUGCAAAAGAAUACGUUUGGCAGUACAUCGUUGUGCUUCGACAGCCGGCAACGAUCAGCCUCGCCAGCCACGGGGCGUUUUACUGCAAGGAGUUUACACUUUCCAGCCGAUACUCUAAACAAGAAUAGUUUUACACCAGCAAGGCACCAGCAAAGCCCCAAAAGAACUCCUUUAUCGUCCAUCAUAUGGAAUAGGGCAGAUUCUUCUAGACAUAGGCAGAAUUGGGAAGAGUCUCCGGGGGCACCAUCACCAAUGGACAUGGACCCUGCUGAUCAGUAUGUGGUUCCUAAGUGUUUUCAGGAGAGUAGGAUGUAUGAGUGGCAUCAUUCACAGAGUGCUUACCAAGGCAUCCCUCUAAAUGCCCCCAUGGAUAUUGCCAUGAGUCCUGACACUUUAGAGAACUCAGAGAAUAUGCCAUUCUACCAUCAGAACAAUCCAUUUGCAAGGUCUUUCUUCAGCAGUACCUUCAGACAGAGUGGAGAACAGAGAUUUGGACAGAAUUCCUUUUGGAGCCAACAGGAAGAACAUUCUUUCUGGUCAGACUUACACCAGAGCAGGAAGCCAUUCCCUUCUGACAGGGACUUUGAAAUGAUUUCUGUUGAAACAACCAGGACACCAUCUACUUAUAGCCACGGUGUCCCUUCUCGACACUGGAGGCCACAUUCUCCUGGUUAUGGAACAUAUGUUUUCAGAGGUCAAGAGGAUCCACAUUGCUGGCGAGCUGAUCUUCAAACAUCCCCACUGGAGAGCAUGGACACAUCACAUGUCAACGAGAACCAAUUUCUACCCCAUUUUGUCACACCAGAUGGUUUUUCCAUGACUGGCUCAAGCUGCCACAUCCAGUCUUCUGGGCUGGACUAUCGGCAGGGCCGCCGUCCUGUAGACAUAGCUGUAGAUGAGAAGCCUUGUUUGUUUGGCAAGGCUCAGACUCUAGUGUCCUCCUUCAGAGCUUCCUUGCCCCUGAUUCCUGGUGACAGGAGAGAUUCUCAGAGUCCCAGCUUCCAGAAUUCCACCGUUGCUCCUGAGAAAAUAAUCCCUGAUAAGCCAGACUCUCUUCCAAUAAGAAACUGUACAGAAGUCACUGUGACUGGUAUCCAUUCGACUGGAUUGCUGUCUCUUACUGAAACCCAACCCAACAUCCCCGGCAUGGAAAUGAACAGUGAGAAAGAUGUGAAUGAAUCUGUUUCAGAGGAUGAAUGGCUAAACAAGACGGGCCAGAAAAACAAGGCAAGUGGGUCGCCCCAACCUAUUUCACAGACAGAGAUCUCUAAUGAUUUACCCGAUUUACAAAAUGCCCACUCCCAAGACUCAACCCAAAACUCCAGGUUUGGCUUUAAUGAUUCUGCCAUGGUAAGUUCCAGAAGGUCACCCAGAGUCUUUUCCAGGAAAGGCACAUCCCAAAUGCAAACAGCACCAAGAGAUAAAGCCAAUGAACUGAGCAAAGAUAAAGACUUUCCUGGGAGCAGGAAACUUGACUCAGCAGCUUCCCUGACUCUCAUCCAAGAACGUGGGACACAGCCAUCUCUUUCCAGCCCAGAUCAAGGUUGUCACCAGAAAACAGGAAGUAAUGGAGACAGCUCAAGCAUCAUUAAAAACAACCACUGGUGCUUUGAAUCCACUGCUACCCAAAAAGAAGAGUCCCCAGAGGAACUUGCUAGUUUGGAUCUUGAGCAACAACGAUGUCCUUCCAUUCAUUCUACCAAUGGCAGCAAGCUGGUCUCCAAGCACAGUGACUCACAAGAUUCUUUAGUUGUGCCAUCAGGUGUACCCCAAGAUUCCUUGCCAUUGAGUGAUUCUUUCCCUGAUGUUCUUCUGAUACCUUCUGCAAUGUUCCCCAGGAGGCUUUUAGACCAAGAUCCAUCCCAAGAAGAAAGAGAAGAAAAAGAGAAGGCUACAAAGAUCCAAAAUAAUCAGUUGACUGUGAAUUCUACAGAUAACCAAGAGAGUCAUGACAGUCCUGCCCAUCUGCACGAUGCUGUCCACUGUCAUCCUUACUCUCCCUUCAGAAAUGGGAGGGGGAAAGGAAGAGUAAGACGCCAUGUGUCCUGUAUUGAGAAGCUAACCAAGACAGAGAAUAGAGCAGCACCCACAAGCAAAGGCAGUAGCCUCACUGAGGACCAAAGUAGUGUCAAAGCCCCUGAGCUCAGCACAGUCUAUUGCACCUUGCCAAGAAAACCAGCUGGCUUUCUCAUACACAGCAGACAGCAGGAAAGUAAGAUAAUGCCCGCUUCAAUUAGGAAUGGGCCACUUCCGUUCCAAAUAAAAAAUAAAGCGGAUGUUCCAACUAGGAAGAGCAUAUCUGACAAACCCAGUUCUCCUAAGUCAAUGAGCGAUACUUCAAAUUCGAUCAUGGGGGUGCCCGAAGCCACCAAAAAAAUGACAGAUAUGAAAGCCAUUAGAUCGGCUUCUGUUAGGAAAGGGCCACUCCCUUUCCUCAUUAAGAGGGCGGUAUCAUGUCCUUCAGGGGAGCCAGGUACCUUGGCUGAAAGUGGUGAAAGAGAAAAGUCACCAGUCCUGGACGUGGACGCUUCUGCUGUCAUGCCUAGGCCUUGGGGAAGAAUCUUCAGUUCUCUGGAAGGUGACUCGUCAUUUAGAGAGAGUACUUUCUCUGAAAGACACAACCAAAAGGAACUUGUUCAAGGAAACACCAGGAAGGAUGAUGAGGCACCUGCCCCGGGAACGAGCUCAUUCACCCUUUCAAACAAAACCCCCAAGCCUCUGUAUGCCGACACUUCAGAAAAAGAGAGUGGGAAAGCCUUACACAAGUUUAAGACAACCAGCAUGUUCUCUGUUUCUGGUGAUGAAGAGAAUGUGAAAUGUCUUGAGGUGGUUUCAAUAUAUUAUACUCUACCAAGGAAACCCAGCAAAAAAUUCUGCAGCCUCCUUCAGCAGUAUGCACAAGGUACAGAUUCACUUCGAGACGCUUUUCAGGGAGAGACUGAAGCAUUCCCUAAUGCUUUGGAAAGUGAUGAGCUGAAUGGUCCCGCAGGAGUGCAGUCGGGAAUACCUCCACCACCAGACCUAAAGAUGCAGGUUGACUCUGCUCCAUGCUGUCUUUCUCUCGGCACUGAGAAUAAUAGGGAGGCUUCCCCAUCUACCUUGGAGGAAAUGGCUUCUGUGAGGUCAGAUGUUUCUCUUCAAAAAGGAGAACCUCAGACCAAAGAAAUUUCCCCAGGUAGCUUAGCUAAAACAGCUGUAGAUGAUUCCCUAGGUAGGAAAAAGAGAGGGGGUAAGUUUCCAAGACAAAUCCUACAGAGCCUGUUACUGCCUCAAGAAAAAAGUGCUGGAGGAGAAAACACUAAAGGUCAUCACCAGCCUUCUAAAGGGGGAGAUGGUGGGGCCCCUGGCCUCCCAGCCCACUCAGAAGAUAAUGCUGAAAAUUCCCAAACCAGACAAAAUUCUGGAGCCUGUGCAGAUGUCACAGCUACUGUAUCUCCAGGAAGGUGUCCUUGGCAAGAUCACAUGGCUAUAGUUAUAGACUAUGAGAGUUCUAGUGGGUCACAGCCUAGGGAAGCCAAUGGGACAACUGGAUCAGACUGCCAAAACCUGACUGAUAAAAUGCUCUCUGACUCAGAAAGGCAAGCCUUUGCUCUAACCCCAGCAUUGCAUAAGCUGCAGCUUGCUGAAGAGGCCCAGUCAGGGGGAGCAGAUCUGCAGCCAGAAUCCAGACAGGCAGGAAGUCAGGAGACAAAUACAACAGAGACCAGGAAGGUUAAAGAUGAAGCACAAAAGUUGGCAUGGGAUCAGACUUUACUUCCUGGAGGAAAUAAUGAAAAUAAAACCAACAUGGGCGACCUAGAAACAAAAGAAAACAGAUACUCAGUUAAACACAGACUGACAGCCAUGUCUAAAGCAAGCAGAAAAAUCCCAGCUAAGGAUUUAGGUCCCAGAAGACACGUAGCCACUGUCUUCUCCCAAAGUGAAAGCCAGUCUGGCUUUAGGAGGUUAUCUCUUUGCAGAUCAGAGGACAGCCCACUGUCCCCUGAACUUGUAAAAUCCACAGAGUCCGCAGAUGAAAGCAGCCUGGUGAAUGUGGACAAAUGUGAGACCCCUCUCCAAGCUACAGCAAUAUCCAACUCAGAACCUCCUUGUCAGUCCUGCAAUCAGAGGUCUGCUAACAUUUCACAACCACUUCAGAAUGAGCCUAACAGUGUCUUAGAACCACUCGCGAAGAGUGGGGAUUCUAGUGCCCAGAUUCCGGGAGAGUUGGGAGCCCCAGCUCAGCUCACACUGACCAGCCCCAUAGAAAAAAGCGCUAACCACCAACAGAGGUUGAGUCUGCCUUUGCCCCUGGAAUCUACGCAGAAAUCUACAAUAAACCUGUCCCAUUAUCAGCUGCGCCACAGGAGUGCCCAGUCUCCAGAGUCAGAACCUGAGCCUCUCCUCUAUAGGUCAAAGAGUUUAAAAAACUUCAAUGUGCAGGGUGACCGGCUGUGCAAAAGCCAUCCUCCCAAAGCCAGGGGGCGCCAUUUUUCUGAGAACACUUCCAUCAACACUGCUCUCAGUCAACUGUCCCUUGAUGAUGACGCCUCCCACAACAGUGCUUAUUGUCGAAGAUUCAAAUCUUUUUCUGAGCUUCCUGCCGCUGAUGAAAGUGAAAGUUGGGCGUUGUAUAACAACAGGACUAGAUUGGGUCCCAAAUCCACCUCAUCCAUUUCCAGGCCUAUUGACUAUGGGAUUUUUGGGAAAGAGCAGCAGUUGGCUUUCUUGGAGAAUGUCAAGCGGUCACUCACACAAGGAAGAUUGUGGAAGCCAAGUUUCCUCAAGAACCCUGGCUUCCUCAAGGAUGAUGUACUCAAUGGUUCCAACCUGUCCAAGUCAGAGCUGUUGAAUUCUGGUGGUCGGUCAUCAGAAGAUGGCUUAGUUCCAAGUGAACCGCUUAAUAUCUAUGAGGAGGACCCAGUGGACUCAGACCGGGACACAGACACAACCACCGAUGACGAAUACUACCUGGAUGAAAAUGAUAAAGAGUCAGAACUGUGAGACUGUAAGAAACUGCAUAAUAUAAUACUCUACGUUUUGCUUUUUAACCAAAAACUUAUUGUAGAAAUGACUCUAAAUUUAUAGACAGGUAAAAGAAGAUCUGGCUUGGGCAGUGUCUACACCAAAAUACCCAUUCCUUUUCCAUAUAUAUGUAUUUUUUCUUCCAUAGUAUCUGAAUUCUAACAACGAUUGCUGUUUUUGAGGGGUUUUGUUUGCUUUUCCUGGUAUUUUUUCCUGAUGUGUUGGAAUUUGACCUUCUUUUCUCCCAACCCUAUCUCUAAGCCACUUUCCAAUGUUGGCUCUAUUUUCCUCAUCACUUUUUUUACAUCUCUUAACACAACACUUAAUAGUUUGGGCACCUGUUAAAACUUGUUAAUGCCGGGCAUUGGUGGCGCACGCCUUUAAUCCCAGCACUCGGGAGGCAGAGGCAAGUGGAUCUCUGUGAGUUGGAGGCCAGCCUGGUCUCCAGAGCAAGUGCCAGGAUAGGCUCUAAAGCUACACAGAGAAACCCUGUCUUGAAAACAAACAAACAAACAAACAAACAAACAAAAACUUGUUAAUUACCCAGCACAGUUGCAAAACUAUAUUUGCCUCCUUCUGUCCACAGCCUGAAUUCAAGACAUUAAAUAUAAGGUAGGGAAAACAAUAGUCAUUAUAUGUGCACUGUGUUCAUGCAGUGCCCCCAGAGGCACUUGAGGACAUUGGAGCCCCUGGAAUGGGAGUAACAGAUGAUUGUUAGGGGUCAUGCAGGUGCUAGGAACCAGACCUGGGCCCUCUGCAAGAGCUGCAAAUGCUCUUAACCACCGAGCUCUCUCUCUAGCCACAAGAUAAAGGUAUUAUUAUGAGAACAUCCUUGCACUUCAAAAGUGGAGUCUUGACAUGUGUUUAGAGUAAAUGUUGAGGUUAAAAAUGAAGGGUUAGUCCCAUUAGUGCCUACAGGAAUUUCUCUGAAACUGUUUGUGGUGAUUGGCUGAAUUUUUGAGGACUAAGUUUUCAUCAGUGCCGAAUGUGCAGGCACCGUGGUUUGGUCACAGACACAUAGCUAACAGAUGCAGCCACUGUGGCUUGGCCAUAGAUACAUAGCUAACCGGUGAAAUCGAGCUGACAGUGUCUUAUUGGACCAGUUUUUUUGCUGCUCUUUCCACAGCUGAUUUUUUUUCAUCUCCAAACCUGUCCAUUUCUCAUUUCCUUAUUUAUAGCCCAGACUGGGGCUUAUUAAACAUUUUCUCACUUAAUUUAUAGCUUUGGGAAUUUUUAAAUGCCAUCAAGUAUAUACAUAUGUAAAAUAGGUGUACAAAUCAAACAUUCACUUAUAACUCAAAUGUAUUUUAAAAGUUUUCUGGCUUACAUGCAAAUUUAUCAUUUGUUUAAGAUAAAAACAAACAUAUACUACCAAGAUAGGUAUCUCUACUCAUCUAGCACAGUACAAUCCAAGAACAUUCUAAUGUUACCCACAAGCUGGAGAACAAAGUAGUAACAAGUCUUUGUUGUCUGUAAUUGCAUUUCUUUAUGAGCAGAAAUCUUUGCAUGUGUGGUAAAAGCAGUGUAGUUCAUAUAGAAUAACAUCAGAUUCCCCGCCCCCUUCUCUUCCUCUACUCUCUGCCUGCACUCUUUUCUCUUCCUCCACCCAGUACAGGUGUGCAUGCUGAGUGUUUGGACCAAGGCUGCAGUGAAGUCACACUAACACCACGGGUGAGCACUGCCAGGAUUCAUUUAUGUUUAAUUUUGAAUUAAUUCUUGUUCAGUGCACAUUCAGAAACCUUUACUGCUGCCUUUUUUUUUUUAACCCCGAAUUUAGUUGUACAACUCCAUAUAGAGUGAGAACCUAUGGUUAACUAAGCUUUGGGCUAGGACACUUCUGAAGGAGCAUUUAGUGGGAACCUUGAAGAAGUCCUUAAAAUGCUAGGUCAGAUGUGAUGUCUAGGGACCGCUUGGCUUCUCUGCUGAACCAUCUAUCAAACCCUCAGGAACAUCUAACUCAGAACUCCUAAUUUAUUGUAAAUAUCUCGUGAUACCCAUUGCUAAUUUGGCUUCCUACCUCUUUAGUUGACACAUAGGCAUUUGGAGCUUUAUCUCCUUGUAAUUCAAGGCAAAGGCUGAGGAUGAUGUAGACCAGCAGGCAGCAUGGGAUCCUGGAUCUCAAUACAGAGAGGAUUUUGUCUUGUUUUUAUAGCUAUUUCAUGACAUACUUUUAUUUUCCACUGUUCAUUCAGAUAAACUGAAGCUAAGGUUGGGUGUUAGCAAAGCAUAUAGAGAUCUGGCACUGACACCAAAUGCAAGGAAGAUCUGUAUUAUGACAGUCCCAUAAAACUCGAAACUAGUGAAGGUGAGGUCACUAAUAUGAAAGCCUUUCCACUCAAACUUCAAACUCUAGGCAAUUUGGAGUUCAAAGAGACGCCUAAUAGAACUCUAAAUCACUUGUUCUGCACCAAUUCAAACUUGAAUGGCACAGAGUAACAUUCAGUUUCUUAUUUAAGGGUGUAUAUGCCUUUCCUCUUUUGCUAUUUAUCUGAUUAUUUAAGUAAAACUCUCAUAUAUUAUGACUUUUUGUGUAAUUUUAAGGUAUUCUGAGAUAUUUUAACAUUAUGUCGUUGGUUGUUUUUUUAAUGAUCGCCAUGAGAUGCUGUUUCAAUAAGUAUUUUGAGUCUACAUGUUUGCUACAAAAGGUGACACAAAGUUAGCUUGUUUUCCACAGAGGUGAGGCUCUGAGUGAGGCAGGGAUACCAGGGUAAGAAUUGACAAUAGCUUUGGGACUUACUCUCCUCCGUGUAAUCUACUUCCCACAUUGAAUCUGAUGGCCAUUGCUUCUCUGCACUAUGUGUGAAGAUACCUGCUUGUCAGGCUGAGGAAUCAGGGAAACAGUAAUUUCCCCAACAUAAGACAGAACCUUUACUGUUUUAUAGUUUUAUGUAGAGCUUCGUUGAAGAAGCAUAGCAGAUUUCUUUGUGUUGUAAUAUAUAAACUGCUGGAAUUAAUGCUCAUUUUGGAAUAGCUGUGGUAACUUUAAUAAUAGUCAUUUUAUAUUGUUUUUUUUCUAAAAUAUAUAAUCAUUAUUAAGCUUUCUUGUAAAUGGAGUAAAAUACUAAUGAAUCGAUACUAAUAAGUGCCUAAUAAAUAAUCAGCUUGCUUAAAUGUGAGGCUAACACAGCUAUAAAUAUUAAGUUAAUUUGUUUAAAAUGGAUUUUAAUAAUAUUGUUUUGCUUUUUAGAUGCUACCUUCUGAGUAGUUUAUUGUAACAUCAUAAAUACUGUGAUCUUAAUAAAACUCUAAUUGCUACUCACAGGAGUUUGGUUAAAGAUAAACUUGAAAAGAGAAAAUUAUUUUGUAUAUGAAAUAAAGAUGAGUCACAAGGGUGCUAAAAGAAGCCUACUUAGGGCGUAGAAAAGAUGAGAAUCAAAUGGAAAUCGCCAAGGAAACCUUCUCUCAGAAAGAAAAAAAAAAUGGAAAUUCACACCUCUGUAAAAACAAGUUCCUCUAUUGAAUGCUGGUAUGUUCAAACAGGCCUUAUUGCUUAGAGUUUACUGUCCAUAGUAGAGCUGUAGAAUAUCCUAUCUAAAUGUACAGUAUAAAUAUGUAAAUAUGUUACUUUGAUGGCUCUUUGUGACUGAUAGUCUAUUCUGAAACAAUAAGCCACCAUAAGCACUUUUGUCAAAACUGUCAAAUAAUCCUCUUAUGUUUCUCCUCAGAUCUGUUCCCAAAGUAUGGACUAUGUUAUAAGGUGAAAUUUUACAAUAAUGCUUGUGUUGAAAUAAACAACCUGAACAGACA